AUGGAGCCUGACUCUGUCUCUUCUUUUUCGCGGGCAGACAGCAGCCCCUCCGCGGCCGCGUCGCUGCAGGCGGAGGACUCGCCGGCGGCUGCGGAGAGUCUCGACAGUGCGCAGUCUGCACUGAGCUCGGGAACCAAGCACGGCUCCUUUUCCACUGCCUCUGCGCCACUCUCGAAGAAGCGCCUCAUCACGGCGAAGGCGCGUCCGAAGAAGCUGAGGGAAGUCCUUCAACAGCAGGCCUUCGCACGCGAGAAGGCCGGUCAGUCGUCUGGCGCCUCUGGCGCGGACUCUUUGGAGCUCGAGCCUCCUUCCUCUGCGCCGUCGCCUCCCCGCGCCUCUCCCGUCUCGUCGUCGGACUCGCUGCCUGUGGAGAGCAUCGCGUGCAAGGGCAUGAGCUUCGAGGAGAUCAUGGCGGCCGCCGGCAUCGACACUUCGGCGCCUCUCCCUGCUGACGCGCCGCCCCCCGCGGCUGCGCAGCCGUGCGAAGGCAGGACAUUGCUCAGCAGUUCGCGGCGCACGCCGCGAAGUGCGGCCGAAAAACCGGCGGACUGCGAGGGGGAGAAGGAGGCUGGCGCCGCCGCUCAACGGCCGCCGAGCUCUGUUGCGGACACCGCCGCGUCGUCGAGGCCCGUCUCCGCGCUCUCGACAGCCGGCGGCAACACGCCGCUGAGGGGGGAAAGCCCAGCGCUGACGGAGUCAGAGUGCCCUUGCGGCGCCCUGCGCCUGCCUGGCGGGAGCGCGGCGGCCGCCGGAGCGCGUCCGGCGAGCGCCGACGUUGCCGGCGCACAUGCGCCUCGGACCCCCCGCGGCGCUGCCCAGACGUCUUUUUCUGUCGCGGCCGCGGCGCCCUCCGCCUUCUCUCCUUUUGCGGCGGAGAGGGAGCAAGACGUGCAAAUGGAGGAUGGAGGCUCCUUGGGGGGCGUUGCCGAAGAGGACGCGGCGUUCGUGGCGAUUCCUCUCGCGGCGCGGCUCACGAGCAAGACGGUGAAGCAGCGCCUGCAUGGCUGUGAGGAGGUCCUCCGGCGCCUCCAGGCUGAGCCUGGGCGCGCGCAGGACACGUUUGCCGCCUGUCUGCAGCAGGGCGGCGUCUUGGAGAAGCUCCUCCGCGACAGUAACCCGCUCGUGCUUGCAAAGACUAUCGACAUCCUGCUCGCCUUCGCGCGAGCCGUGACGGGCGUGUCGAGCUCCGACGCGGACGCGAAGAGCCGCGAAGGAGACAGGGCCUCUUCGACGGGUCAGGUCUCUCAGUCGCUCUGCCGUCUGUCUCCCGAGCACGCGGCGUCGCUGCUCGACCUUGUCGGCCUCGCCACGCUUCAGAACAUCCUGCCGACUCCGCGCCUGACUGCGCCGGCGACGGAGCUUCUCGCGCUGCUCGCGUCGGUUCACCUCGCGGCGCUGGAGCGGCUGCUGGGCGUCCUCUUCGCCGCGAACGAGAAGCUGCUGGCGGAAAAAAAGGGCAACGUGGCGCUGCUGAAGGGGACCGCCAUGAAGCAAGCCAGCGCUUCCGUGCAGCUCCUCCUCGCGCUCGUGGAGGACUUUGGCGCCGCGUGCGUCAACGCUGCGGGCGGCCUCAAGAGUUUCCUGGACAAGAGCGUCGGGCCGCUUUGCUGCGUGAGCGACAAGAAGACGCGCGGGCUGUGCGCCGCGCUAGCCGCGCACGCCGUCUGGCUCGCGGGGGGCUCUGAGGCGGCGAAGAAGCUCGCCAGCGACGCCGUGAAGAACAGCAGAGCGAUGCAGGCCGAGAUCGCGACCCUCCUCAGUCAGACUUUCGCCGGGCGCGAGCGAGUCCCCAGCUCGCGCGGGUUCCUUUCCGGCGCGCGCAGCGAGCAGACAGUCGGCGUCGCGGAGAGGCGCGCGGCGGACGCGACUCGCGGCGCGGGCAGCGAGGGGCGAGAGGUGAUCCUUGCGGAAGAAAGCGAUGUGAUCAAAAGCGUCUGUCAGCAGGGCGACUGGGUGCUGCGGGCGACCGAGGGCAAGCGAAAGAAGGCCGCAGGUGCCGCCGAGGAGAAGGGCGAGAGGGAACUGCCCUGGAAGAUCAAAAUGCAAUCGUGGCAGCAGCUCGAAGCGGCGCUGCACGACUGUCUCUGCAUCACGAAGAGGAAUCCUUUCCUGCCCACGCUGAUCUCGCUGGUGCACCGUUGCCUCACGCUGGAGCCGACGCUGCCGGUGGUGAGCUGCUGUCUACGCGUGUUGCAGCACCUCGUCCGCCUUCUCCUCGCGGACGGCGAGGCGUUCAGCGCGGCGGCCUCGGCUGGGUCGCCGCAGCAGAUCCGCGUGCUGCUUCCCGACGUUGCGGCGAAGCUGAAGGUGAACAACCGCCAGGUGCAGGGCGCCGCCACGAGCUGCUUGGCGGCGUUCCUCGACGCGUUUCCGCUGGAUGUCGCCUGCGCCGACCUGCUCCCGAUGAAGGAAAAGCUCGGAAACUACCGGCAGGCGCUGCUCGAGGCGCUAAACGCAGCGAUUCCCCCAGAGGCCGACGCAACCGACACAGCGGCGUUGAGAAACGCAGCGUUCUGGCGAGCAGUGCCGCAACUCGUGCAGGCUGCCAGGGAGGGCGCCGACGACGGCGCGCCUGGUGUACGCACAGCUGCGUUGGACCUGCUGGCAAAGAUCGGCUGCAAGCGCGAAGGAGGCCGCGAGGCGAUCGGCGGCGUGUUGGAUGCGCUUCAGGAGCAGAAGCGACAGCAAGUCCUCAAACGCAUCGCCGCGGCGGCGCCCGCCGCCGGUACUCCACCGGCGCGCGGUGGUCCUUCCUGCGUUCCGCCGCUCGCGGGCAGAAUAGAGCAAAUCCGCGCGCGGAGGUCGCCGGCGGGCGCUUCCGCAGUGCUGCAGGAAGGAGACAGCCGCGAGGGAGGCGCGGACGGCGAACAGAAGACCGCACCGGUGACGAGGCGAGACGACGGCAGAAAGGCGCGCGAAAACGGCGAGGCGAGGACGCGAGGAGACGCGUCUUCUUCUCUCCAUCGGGCGGCGCCCGCGCGGAUCGCCCAGCGGCGCCCGCCGCAGGCGGCUCCUGCCCUGGGCGCGGCUGCGGCGGGCGCGGCUGCGGCGCCUUCCUCUGCGGCGCCUUCUGCCUCGGCUUCUUCGUGUUCGUCCACGCCGUUUGCGUUCUCCUGGGAGCUGCCGGAGUGCCCUGUCGGGCUCGAGGAGGCGGAGAGCGUCGCGCGGCGCCUGUGGAGUCUGGAAGGCGAAAUGCUGGAAGGCCUCGGCAGCGCCAGCGGGCUGGAGCGCCGCGCCGCCUGCGCGCGCCUCGCAGAGUGCUGGCGGCGCCCAUGCGCCUGUCGGGUGUGUCGCGUGGACACCAGGCCGGAGAAGGCGGCGGAAUCCUCGGAGGACGCGCAGGAGGCCACGGAGGCGGAUGAGAGGGAGUGCCUCAACGAGGGGCGGCUUCGGUACGCGAUACAUUUGAUCCUCUUCAUGCGGAUGAAGCUGAACAAUUUCCGCGAGAAGUCCCUGCUGGUUCAGCAGAGCGUCCUGGUCUGUCUCUCGACUGCGAUCGAAGCGAUCGCGCACGCGGCUGGAGCCCAGCGGCGGCGGGCACAGAACGCCCUUCCGAAAGAGGAGUCUGAGAACCCGCUCACGUUCCUUUCGUCCUUUUCCUCUCCGCAGAGGACGCGGAGAAUGAAAAUCAACGAGGAGCCAGACGACACUGGUCAGACGCUCUACGUACACCCCUGUCUAGCGCCUCUCAUUCUCGCUCCUCUCGUGGACAAGAUUGGAGAUCCGCGCCUGGGGAACAAGAUUCAAGGUCUCUGUCUGUCGCUCUGCGAGAUCUUCGCCUCGCCGCUGCCUGUCGUCGGGACGCUGCUCGAGGCUUCAGAGGGCACUCUGGCGCUCGCGCUGCCGUCUGCGGCGUCGUCGCUGCGGCUUCGAGCGGAAAAGGGCGAAGAGCGAGGCCGGGGGGCGGCCGGAUUCCACGGAUUUUCGCUGAGGAAGCGCGACGAGCGCGCCGGUAGCGAGGCCGCACCGAAGAGCGGCGAGCGGACGGUCAGAGCGAACGCCUGCGCCGCAGCCCUCGGCGGCGCCUCCGGUCGAGCCUGCCAGGCCCUUCUGGCUCUCCUCGAGCGCGUCGUCCUCACCUGCGGCGCCGAGAAACUGAGCCCGAUCAAACCGCUUGUCCUCUUUGCCAGACAGAUCAUCGACGCUCAAAAGCCCUCGCCAGCACAAGCGAAUCGGUCGGGCGGCAUGCGGUUGAUGGCGGCGCUCUUUGCGCAGCUCGGUGAGAAGCCGCUGCACAAUCUGCUGGUCGCUCAUCCUCUCCCUGAAGAUCUCCGCGCAGCCGUCAAGCGCCUCGCGCAGGGCGCGGGCGCUGCGAAGCCGCAGCUCGCUUCCUCCAGCAGGUCUUCGAUGACGCCGGCUGCCUUCGCAGCGGGGCUUCCUGCGCUGUCGCUCGCCGAAAGGGCGCUCCAGUGCCUGUCCGCCGGCGCGUCGUCAGUCUCGGCGUCUGUCUCUGAGAUCGCCGGCCCAGGCUUCGAGGCCUAUAUUCACCGCGCGCGGGAGCCGGUGUCUGUCGCGCCGUUCUUGACGCCGGAGCGCCUCGAAGCCCUACAGCCUCCGCAGAAGAAGUCGCUGGUCGGUGCCGAGAAGAAGUCCCUCCCGAAGCGCGGCGAGAAGGAGGAGCUCGAGGCUCUCAAGGAGUGCAUCCGCGUCAUCGCCGUCGAGGGUCGCGGCUGCAUCAAGGCGGAAGGGCUGAGUUCGUUGAUCCCGAUCCUCCGCGCGAAAGUCCUCGACGCGCGGCCCCCUGUCGCCCGUCUGGCGCUCGUGCUCGUCGCCGCGGUCUGCGACGGCCUCACGAAUUCGCCUCUGACCCCCGAGGGUGCCUCGGCGUCCGCGAGUGCGAAGCAGAGCGAAGCGAACGACGCAGACGCGACGAUGAGCGAGGACGAACCCGAGAAAACUGGAAAGGGUCACGCUGUCUCGAGCCGAGGAUGUAGGCUCUACAAAGACAUUCUUCUCCCUGCGCUCUUCGAGAGACUCCAUGGCAACGACCGAAAAACCGUCGAACUCGCGCACAUCGCGACGCUCAAGUGGAUGCAAGCGAUCGGACCGGAGGACGCGGCGCUCCUGCUACUGCCCUGCCUUGAGCGCGCGCUCGCCGCGAGUGUCUCGCCUUCGCGAGCCGCGAGCUUCUCAGGGUCUGAGGCCGCUUCCUCGCCGCGCCCGUUCGGCUCUGCGGCCUCGUCGUUCUCGUCUCUCAGAUCUUUCAAGUCGCAAGGCUCGCUGGAGUCGGUGCUGUCUUCGGCGAGCGGCCACGCGCAGGCGGAGAAGAGUUCGCCGCGGCGCGUCGCCGAGGCCCUCGUCGCGCUGCUUGUCGCGAGUCGCUUCGCGUUUGGCCUCACCGAAGGCACUUCAGAACACUACUCCGAGCGUCUUUCGCGGCGCCUGCUGCCACUCCUCUUCAGCCUCCUUCGCGAGAGCACAGGCGCGCGAGACCGGGCGGCGCCAGUCGCGCGAGAGGAGGCGAAGCGCGAGGGGUUUGCCGAGCUCCUCGAGACGUUCAUCGCGCGCGUCUCCAGGAUUCUGGUCAGCGCCGCAGACCUCGCGGCGGUCGCGGAGGAGAGGCAGAAGCAUCAAGCGUGGAAGGACGCACUCGAAAACGGCAGCGCAGCCAGCGAAGGCAAGGAGGCAGCGGACCGCGUGCCGCCUCUCGCCGCGCGCCAGACCGAGUCUGGAAGAAGCGAGAAGGUCGCCGACCAGGGCGCGCCGCGGGACGGCCUCGAGGUGAACAUGGAGGAGGCUGAGAACCCGAGAGAGAAGGAGAGGAGGGAGGGGGUGGCGCGUGCACCGCGGGGGAGGGAACGCUCCGCUGAGAGCGACGCGGAGGCCCUCGACGACGCUCCCUCCCUCCCGCCGUCCUCCUCGUGGGCGUCGGAGUCCGCGCGCUCAGACAGCGACGGUGACGAGGCUGCGCGCGGGGCACGGGUCGACUCUGAGGCGGAGCCGCCAGACAGCGUUUUCUUCCACAUUCGACGCGCGACAGGGCUCGCCGCGCGGCGGCGCUCGGGCGCGGUGACCUCCGCGGCGGGUUCGCCGGCGCGUCGCACGGCUUCGCCGCCGUCUCCCCAGGUAGGCGACCUGGGCGCUCAGUCGUCGCCUCUCUCGCCCACGCCCGGAAAGCCCCGCGGCGGCGGCGCGCCCCGCGCGGGAGCCGCUUCGCCGUCUCUGCUGGUCGCGAGCGAGAAGACCGCCGUGCGCGGAAAGGCCGCGGCGCUUCUCGCCGCGCGCGAGGAGGCGCGGGCGGCCUGGCGGCCGCAUCUGUCCGAGCACUUGCUGGAGCUCAUGUUUCCCUCGCUGGGCGCCUCUGCCCCUCUCCUUGGCGCAUCCAGAGAGGGACUGGGAUCGCCGCGAAACGCCGCGCGGCGCGAUGGCCCUCGCAGCGCGGGGUCGCCCGGCUCGCCGCGCGCACAGGCCGUCUCCCGCGCGCUGCUGCACGCCGCCAGAGCGGCCGCCGACCUGUGGCUGGCGUUUCUCCGCGAGGCGUCGACCGAGGGCGACUCGGGCGCCGAGAAAUCCCGAGCCAAAGUGCUGCGGAAGCUCAAGGGCGAAGAAAACAUCAUCAGUCUCCUCAUCAACUGGAUUGCUGACCACGUGGCAGAGAACUCCCUCACCUUCCCCUACGGGAUGCUUCCGCCGGCGCUCGCGGCCUCCUCGCCAGUCAUGGCGCCGAGCGCCGCGCCGCCGUCGCUGCAGCCCCCUCCCGCUGCCCUCUCUGCCUCUGCGCCUGGCUCAUCUUCGCCCACGUGUCCUCCUUCGUCUUCCGCGGAGGGCGGAGCUUUGCGCGAGUGCCGAUACACGGUCGCGGCGCCUUUAGUCGUCUUGGGUGUUUUGCUGCAGGCAUUGCAUGCCCUGCGCGUCCGCCUCAGCCUGAGCGAGCAGCAGACUGUCGCGGCGCUCCUGCUUGACUUGCGGUCUCACGCCGCCUUGUACGAGGUGCUUCAGGGUAAGAAGGCUGCACAGCGAGUCGAGAAGAAGGCGGAGGACGGCAAGCUGUCGAGCGCGGCUUUCCUCCAAGAGAGGCAUCAGCAGACUCUCCGCGAGCUGCUCGGUCUCCUCGCCAGAGUCGCCGCCGAGCCUGCUUCGCUCGUCUGCGCGCUGCACAAGCAACUCAGCAAAACGAAAAACAGAAAUCUCUCGUGCGAUCUCCUGGAGGCGACCUGCGUGGCGCUGGGGCAGCACCUGAGGCUGCCUCAGCCCUUUGCGAUGUCUGUUCGCGAGAAGGUGGAGAAGCCGGCUACGAGUUCGCUGUCUUCGUUGUCCUCCCUUUCUUCUUUUUCGGCUCCGUGCCCGGUUUCAUCGUCAUUCUCGGCACACGCGGCCGCCCACGCGCAGUUCACCGAGUUCUUGUUGGCGCAGAUGGCUCCACGGCUCUGUCAGAUCUUGGCUGCUGAAGAGCGUCUCGAAGGAAAAAAGGAAGGCCGCAGACUCAGGGAUCUCGCCCUGGACACGCUCGUUUUCGUGAACGCCGCCUGCAAGGGCGCUCUCCUCAACACGUCCUCGCCUCAUCUGACUCCGGAGCUGCGGACGUGGCUCGCGGAGGCGGCAAAAGGGCCUCUGCCGUCGAUCUCCUCAGGUCGCGGGUGUUCACCUGGGCUCGGCGCGGCGGAGUCUCCUGCGUGCUUUCCGCUGCCGCCGCACGCCCGCUGCGCGGACUAUGCGUUCGCCGUCUUCGUUCCUUUCUCGCCUGUAGAAAAAGCCGCGAGACGCGAGGAGCACCCGCGCGAUGCCGCCAGCGCGCCGGCGCCGGAGACCCCUGCGGGCACCAGCGAGCGCGCCCAGCAGAUCAAAGGCGCAGACCCGAAACCAGCAAUUACAGGCAAGGAGCCAGCGAGCGCGGCGCGGAAGGUUGCUUCAGCGCCCACGGCCAGCUCCGCGGCGGUCCUUGAGAAGACCGCGCAGAGUCAGGAAGAAACAGUUGAAAAAAUCGAGUUCCGCGACCCCGAGCUGCAGAAGCUGAUUCAGGAGAGAAGAGAAGAGCAUCGCGCGCUGCUCGAGGCCAUGCGAGAGACCGACCUUCGUACAGCUGCGCUGCGGUCUGGCGCGAUUUUUGAGCCGGUGUUGGCGCAAGUCAGCGAGGCGCGCGCCGCCGCGGAGCUCUGUUUUACAUCGCUGCAGAAGGAGCUCGAUCGCAGCACCCCCGCGCUAGGCUGGCUCCGCGCGCAGCAGCUGAAGGCUGAUGAGGCUCAGGCGACUUGCGCCUUCCUGCCUGCGGCUCCGUCUCCCUCGGGUUCCGCGUCCGCUGCCUCUGCCGCCUCGCGUUUCGCUGCGAACGGGAGUGUGCUUCUUGCUUCUUCGUCUUCGUCUUCUUCAGCGCUGUCUUCUUCCUCGCUUCUGCAGCCCGCGCGGAGGGCCGUAAGCGCGGGGGCUGGGUUGUCGGCGAGUCAACUGCUCGUUGGCGCGGCGGUGUCGAUGGUGAAGAUCUGGAGUUCGCAGCUGCGCGAGAAGGACGUGGCUCGGCUGGCGCGCGCGGCGCACUGCCUCAUCUGCCUCAUGACGACGGUUCCGCUCGACGCCUGCGCGCUGGAGAGCCUCUCAGGCCUCGCAGCCUCCGCCAGCCCUGGCUCCCGCCACUCCUCGGCGCCUGCGUCGGCGGGGGGCGCGGCGUGUGCGUCUCCGCCAUGCGAGUCACGGCAAGAUAGCGGCGAGCUCUUCGCGCCUGUGGCGCCUGCGGCUGCGCACUCCGCCGAGCUUCCGCCGCUCUCCAAGUGCGUCACGCGCUUGUUGAACUCGCGCACGACGACGUCGACAUCGCGCGGCGCGCCGGGGGAAGACUCGUCUGCGGCCUCUCACUCCGCGGCCUCGCUAUCGCGGGAGGGCGACGCGGCGCUUUUUGCCGACGCCUCAUGUCUCGCGUCGUCGAUUCUGUUUGAAGGCCUGCUCCACGGCCUCGAGAACAUCUUCCAGCCGCACUGCUUCGACGGAGCGACCGCUGUCGCCGUCACGAGCUUCCACACCAUUCUCUCGCUUCUCCUGCUGCUGGACAUUGUGCUGCGGCGGCUGCUGGCUGCUGCGAAGGGCGGCGGCGACGCAGAGGGCGCGCCGACGCGUCGCCCGGUCCUCGAAGGCCCUCCGUGGCGCGCGCUGGAGGGACUGGGAGCGACGACGAGCCAGGCGGAGCCCGGCAGCGAGGCCGGCGAAGGGCGGAUGUCGGGCGGCGACGAGCACGGCAGUGAACAGCUUCUGGGCCCCGAGACCGUGGCUAGGGCUUGCAAGCAGCUCCUUCUCUGCAUGUCGCGCUACCAGGCCUUCGUCUAUAAGGCGGCGGCGCCGGCGGCGGAAGAACUUCUUCUCCCGCGACUCCUCAUCACAGCGCUCCUGAAUCAAUGCUUAGGAAAAGACAUGCUACGCGGGUCGUUCCUCUCCCUGGUUAGACUGGUGGACUUUGUCUUCUCGCUGGCGGCCCAGCAGAUUCAGGGCCAGCACUCGGACCUCAACGCAGACACUGCGUGGAGAUUUCUUUCGAAAAUUCAUCGGCGUAUUUCUUCCAAAUUGGAAGAAGCGACGAAAACCGACGAAAGCGGAAAACGCCCGACCCGCAUUCCGCGAUCCCAGCUGCUUCGCCUCGUACACACGGUGAUUUCCAGCUGGUGGAUAGUGGAGGGCAGCUACGAAGCGGCGCGGCUGUCGCUGCAGCAGCGCGAGCAGAAGCGCGCGAAGAGCGAAGAAGACAAACGCGACAGGAGCAGCAGGGGCGAGAGGCCCCCGGGGACCCGCCCUGCCCCAGCGAGUGGCUUCGCGGGCUUCCUCGACAAACAGUGGUGUCUGGCGUUUGUCUAUUUCCGCCUCUUCAUGCACACGCUUGUUCGCUUCAGUCCGGAGGCGCUCGGCGAAUACCUGGAGCUGCAAGGGCUGUCGGCGACGUCCCCACAGGGCCAGCGGCUAGACCGGCUUCUGUCGAGCUCUGCGCCGUUCUGUGAGGCCGCGGCAGAGUCUCCGCUGGCCUUCGCGCCGCUGGAGGCGGCGGUGAAGGGCGCCGCGGAGGCCCGCAACGCCCUGCGCACCUUCAGCUGCUCCGCAUGCAUCGAUCUCGCGCGACGCCUGGAGACGCGCGAAAAGCCGCAUACGCCAGACGCCGAGGCGAGCCGCGACACGCGCGGAGAGAGAAGGGACUGGGUGAUGGAGGAUCGGGGCGAGCAAGAAGAAGGCGAGCGGCGGAAGCGGACACUCUCCAGGGAACGCGCGGAGGCACUGGGCGAGCCUGAGCCCUCACGGGAGAGGAAAGAGCGACGCAGAGACGACGAUCGCAAAGAAAAACGGCACUGCUUCGGAGAUGACGUCAAAACCGUUGUCGCCGAAGUCGUUGAGGCUGAGCAUGCGAAGCUGACACAGCUGAUGAAGCGCCACCGCAUUGCGCCUUUGCAGGACCCGCUGGUGUCUGCGAGCGGAGACGAGGAGGCAGAGAUGGCUUCGCUUCGCCGGCGUCGCUCGCGUGGGCACGACGCGUUUUGCAUGGUUGCCCAGCAGCCGUUUGACACAGCAGACGACUUGUCGCUUCAGCCUUACUUGACGGACAUCCGUGCGCGGCUCUGUCGGGCGCAGGUGUUGAUGGAAGAAGAGGCGGCCUCCCGCUCUCUCUCUGAAGAGGCGAGUCCACGAGGGACGCGCAGCGAGCGAGAUCUGCUGCUCAGCUUCCUCACGCGCUCAGUCGCUCUGCUUGACGUGUUUCCGCUCGCGAGCGCGUCGCGCGCUGCUGCGGGCGGCGACGGCGCCUCCGGCUGUGCCUUGGUCUUCCCGACGACCAGGAGGUGGGUCGACCUCGAAGCGCUGGCGAAGUUGUUCAAAGUCGAAGCCGGUCAGCCCGCUCGACGCGGCGAGCAGGCGCGCGUGGCGGCAGGCGCAGAGAGGCGCCCGAUCGCCGAUGCCCGGCACGCGCAGCCACCGCCGCCGGACGACGACGGCAGGAGCCAGGCGGGCUCCGGGACAGACAGAAGGCGCCUCCGAGGCUCUCGGCCUAACGCGGAGGCGAGCGCGUGCGAGCAGCUGCCAGCAGGCCCAGAGAGGCUCGUGCGGCGCGACCAGCGACAUGAGCAACGAGGUGGACACCUGACCUUGGCCUGCGACACUUGUCCGCUCAAGGGCGGAGGGGCGCGUCACGCUGCGCGCGGACCCGGCGGCGACUCCGACCCGGGCUCCCGGUCUCGCGAAUGGUCGCAUGUCUCCGCCCGCGGUCGCGACGCCGCGGCGAGGCGACAAGAGCCCGCCCCGCCGGAAGGCGAAGCGGAGAGUCGCGGCCGAGUCGGCAGAACGCAUGCUGGUCCAGGGCGCACGCAUGCGGAGGGGGGCGAGGCGACGAUCGGAACUCGAGAGCGCGCAGAGAGGCCGACAACCGUCGAGCCGCGGCGGCGCGCGGCAGAAGGUCCGCAGACGAGCGGCGCCUGCACGCUGCCUUCCGCCGACAGCUCGGUGGUGCUUUUUCCCGCUUCCAACAGUCUGCUGAAGCGCGACGAUGCUUCGCUCCCGGGCGCCAGUCGAGCCGCAACUGCGAGCUCCGCAGCGAGGCACGCCGGCGAGCGACCGCAACAGCAGGACCAGCGCCGCGGAUGCGCGGACGCCUGCAGCGAGUCAGUGCCCAGAGGUGUUGUGGAGGGUGCGGACAAGCAUCCGUUCCCGAGGGAGCCCGCGCAGGCGGAGAAGAAGACGUGCUUACGCAGAAGUGAAAGAUCUCCAAUGCGUCUUUCGCCUCAAGAAGCGUCGCUAGACACUGCGUCGAGUAGCAUGUCGCCUACGCAAGGCGCCGGCGGCCAGAACUGCGGCUAUUACAUGGAAUGA